AUGAGCAUGAGUGCGUUCAGCUUUGCAUAAUAUUAUCACCGCAUACCUAAAAUUGUUCAAUUUAAAAAGCAAUUGAAAACAUGUCGAAGGCUUCAAGAGGGAUGAGAAAUGUGAAAAAAGUGGUUGAAAAAGUGAAUCAUUCUUCAAGGCUUCACACAGAUAUCAUGGCACAAUUAGCUGUUGCUGGCCCACCCUUGGGUCCCCAAUUAGGACAACGGGGAGUCAACAUAGCUGCUUUCUGUAAAGAUUUCAAUGAGAGAACAAAGGAUAUCAAAGAGGGAAUUCCAUUACCAUGCCGAAUUUCUGGAAAUCCCGAUCGUUCUUUUGAACUUGUAAUUCAUUCACCACCAUCUACAUUUUUUUUAAAACAAGCAGCCGGUAUUCAACGUGGAGCAAUGUAUCCAAAAAGAGAAGUUGCAGGAAAAAUAACUUUGAAACAUCUGUACGAAAUUGCUCAAAUUAAAAUCAAAGAUCCUCCAAAUGCACUUUUGUCAUUAGAACAAAUGUGCAACGCAUUGGUAGGUGUUGCUAGAAGUUGUGGAAUUGAAAUUGUAAGAGAUUUGGAUCCAGUAGAAUAUGGAAAAUUUCUUGAGGAAAGAAAAGUUAUUGUAGAGGCGCAGAAAAAAGAAUUAGAAGAAAAACGUGAAGCAAAAAUGUUGAGAACAGGAUAUACAAACACUGAAAUUGCAUCAAUAAAAUAGUUUAUAAUUAAAAAGUAAA